UCCCGUCUCUCUCUCUCUCUCUCACACACUGUCUUACUCGGAGCUGUGGCUGUAACGGACUGUUCUGAACCUCCUGCAAUCCAAAUCCAAACGCCACUUGUAAGCCUGUUUCGAAAUCCUCAGCGAUUCCUGCUCCUGAAGCUCCGCUAGUGUCAGCGACCGAAACGAAAGUUCUCCGAUGUCUUUAGAUUUGCCAUGUUUAGAUAUCCAUUCAGUUGGGAGGAGAGGGGCUUGAUCGCUCGCUCGCUCUGUGCAUUUUGCUGUUCCUUCCUUCUCACAUUUCUCUAGUUGUUCUUCAACUGAUUCUAAAGUUUCCUUUCUCUCCUUUUUCUCUGAACGAGGUGCUGGUGGUACUCCCGUAUGAGGUGAUUACUGGGAUUUGUUUCGUGCGGGCUUGCCAUCUCCCCUCGCGACAUUCAUGAGCAGCUCAUCAUCCAACGCGCUGUUGCCACCGGCCUCGAUGGCCAGCCGUACCCUCAAUAUCGAGGCGGGCCCUGCCUUAGACAACAAGGAGGAGGAGCUCGAGGAGGACGACCCGUUCGAUAUCACCAAUACCAAGAAUGCGUCGGUCGAGACCCUUAAAAGAUGGAGACAAGCAGCCCUUGUGCUGAAUGCUUCACGACGCUUUCGAUAUACAUUGGAUUUGAAAAAGGAAGAAGAGAAAGAACAAAGGAGAAGGAUGAUUAGAGCCCACGCGCAAGUCAUAAGAGCAGCAUUGCUUUUCAAAUUGGCGGGCAAAAAACAAAUAGGGGCAACAGUCAAACCUCCUACUCCAACCGGCGAGUAUGCAAUUGGUCUGGAGCAGCUUGUUUCCAUGUCCAGGGAUCAUAAUAGUUCUGCUCUACAACAAUAUGGAGGGGUCAAAGGUCUAUCAGAUAUGUUGAGAACAAACUUGGAAAAAGGCAUACUUGGAGAUGAGGAUGAUAUACUCAAGCGUAGGAAUGCCUUUGGAUCGAAUACAUAUCCUAGAAAGAAAGCAAGGAGCUUCCUGCGGUUUCUCUGGGAAGCCUGGCAAGAUUUAACUCUCAUUAUCCUAAUAAUAGCUGCCGCAGCAUCAUUGGCACUUGGAAUGAAGACUGAGGGCAUAAAAGAAGGCUGGUACGAUGGAGGAAGCAUAGCUUUUGCUGUUUUUCUUGUUAUUAUUGUGACAGCCAUUAGUGAUUAUCGGCAGUCACUACAGUUUCAAAAUUUAAACGAGGAAAAACGGAAUAUUCAGAUAGAGGUCAUGAGAGGGGGUAGAAUGGUGAAGAUUUCAAUAUUUGACAUUGUUGUUGGUGAUGUGGUACCUCUCAGAAUAGGUGAUCAGGUCCCUGCUGAUGGAAUCUUAAUUAGCGGCCAUUCCCUUGCAACAGAUGAAUCCAGCAUGACUGGUGAAAGCAAGAUUGUUCAUAAAGAUCAAAAAGCACCUUUUUUGAUGUCGGGUUGCAAAGUUGCUGAUGGUGUUGGUACUAUGCUGGUGACUGGUGUUGGCAUUAACACUGAAUGGGGCUUAUUAAUGGCAAGCAUCUCUGAGGAUACUGGCGAAGAGACCCCAUUGCAGGUUCGCCUGAAUGGUGUUGCAACAUUUAUAGGUAUUGUAGGUCUUGUAGUAGCAUUUUCAGUACUAGCUGUCCUUUUGGCGAGGUACUUUACUGGAAAUACACGAAAUUCAAAUGGAACAGUCCAAUUUCAUAAGGGCGAGACUAGCAUUAGUCAAAUUGUAGACGAUAUUAUAAAAAUCGUGACGAUUGCGGUCACAAUUGUUGUUGUUGCCGUGCCUGAAGGACUUCCCUUGGCUGUUACCUUGACACUGGCUUAUUCAAUGAGGAAAAUGAUGGCAGACAAAGCCCUGGCAAGUCCUGCUUAUUCUCUGAAAAGCCUACUAUACUUUUGCAAUUAUAUCAGAUAUAAAGUGUUGCUUUCUAAGAACAAAUCCAUCAAAACAUUUGAUCAGGUUCGAAGGCUUUCGGCUUGUGAAACUAUGGGCUCUGCAACUACAAUUUGCAGUGAUAAGACUGGAACUCUGACGUUAAAUCAGAUGACUGUCGUUGAGGCUUACAUUGGUCGACAGAGACUGGAUCCACCAGAUGACUCCUCCAAAUUGCACACCAGGAUCUCUUCUCUUCUCUUUACUGGCAUUGCACAGAAUACACAAGGCAAUGUCUUUGAGCCCAAGGAUGGUGGAGCUGUUGAGAUUUCUGGUUCACCAACUGAAAAGGCCAUCCUUUCAUGGGCAGUCAAGUUGGGAAUGAAGUUUGAGGCUAUGAAAUCAGAGUCCACAGUGCUUCAGGUUUUCCCAUUUAAUUCAGAGAAAAAACGGGGUGGUGUUGCUUUGAAAGUGCAGGACUCAGAAGCUUAUAUACACUGGAAGGGAGCAGCAGAGAUACUAUUAGCAUCAUGCACCAAAUAUAUGGACUUGAAUGGUCAAUUGCAAUCCAUUGAUGGAGAAAAGGAAUUCUGUAAGGAAGCCAUUGAUGACAUGGCUGCGAGAAGCUUGAGGUGUGUAGCCAUUGCUUAUAGACCAUUUGAUGUCGAAAAGAUUCCUGCUGACACUGAAAGUCUUGACAAGUGGGUGCUACCUGAAGAUGACCUUGUUUUGAUUGGUAUUGUUGGUAUCAAGGAUCCUUGCCGUCCAGGUGUCAAAGAUGCUGUAAAAGUAUGCAUAGAAGCUGGGGUGAAGGUACGAAUGGUCACUGGAGAUAAUAUUCAGACAGCGAAGGCUAUAGCUCUUGAGUGCGGAAUACUCAGCUCCGAUGCAGAUGCUUCUGAGUCCAAUAUUAUCGAAGGGAAGGUGUUCCGUGCACUAUCUGAGGGAGAGCGGGAACAAGUAGCAAAGAGAAUUACAGUGAUGGGGAGGUCUUCACCAAGUGACAAAUUGUUACUUGUGCAAGCAUUGCGCAAAGGCGGGGAUGUUGUUGCUGUGACAGGCGAUGGAACCAAUGAUGCUCCUGCACUCCAUGAGGCAGAUAUAGGUCUUGCUAUGGGCAUUCAAGGCACAGAAGUUGCUAAAGAGAGCUCUGAUAUAAUUAUUUUGGAUGAUAACUUCGCCUCUGUUGUAAAGGUUGUAAGAUGGGGCCGUUCUGUCUAUGCAAACAUUCAGAAAUUCAUCCAAUUCCAGCUUACAGUUAAUGUGGCAGCCCUCAUAAUCAAUGUUGUGGCAGCAGUAUCUUCUGGCGAUGUUCCCCUAAAUGCAGUGCAGCUCCUGUGGGUUAACCUUAUUAUGGAUACACUUGGCGCGCUUGCAUUGGCUACUGAACCACCAACAGAUCAUCUUAUGCAUAGAACUCCGGUUGGCCGAAGGGAACCUCUUAUAACUAAUAUUAUGUGGAGGAACUUAAUUGUGCAGGCUUUAUAUCAAGUGGGUGUCCUUCUGGUGCUCAAUUUCGCGGGCCGAACUAUUCUUGGGUUGAAUGACGAAACGAGGGAACGUGCUAAUGAAGUGAAGAAUACCGUGAUAUUCAACACAUUUGUGUUUUGCCAGAUCUUCAAUGAGUUCAACGCCCGGAAGCCUGAUGAAAUGAAUGUCUUCACUGGAGUGACCAAAAACUACCUGUUUAUGGGUAUCAUUGGAAUAACCCUGGUUCUUCAGGUAAUAAUCAUUCAGUUCCUCGGGAAGUUCACUUCGACGGUGAGGUUGAGUUGGGAGCUAUGGCUCGUAUCUAUUGCAAUAGGCCUCAUCAGCUGGCCUCUUGCAGUGGUAGGAAAGCUGAUUCCAGUUCCGGAGACUCCACUUGCCAAGUAUUUCAUUAGGCCAUUUCAGCGCCUGAGAACUGCUCGAAGCGCAUAAAACCUGUCUAGCACUUAGAAUGCAGGCGUGGUUUCGGUCCAGUGAAGGUUUUUCCUUUAUAGAAAGGACAAAGCUGGUUAUAUUGUCAGCCUCGUAGCCCAUAGACCUCUCACCUACUCUUCAGUUUCUACAUACAGCUGGGAUAUUAGAAACCAAUAAUUUUUCAAAAAGUUGUGUACAUUAACUCUUCAACUGGCUUGGCUUAGCUUAGCUUAGCUUAGCUUAGCUUAGCUGAACGCUCGGUGGCUUUUUAUCCAUAACGGGAGUUGACCACCUCAAUUAUUCUGCCUAUUCAUAUUUUUGUUGUUGGUUGGUUGCCCUACGGCACUGCUUGCAGAGA